AAUAAAGUGUGUUUUCUGUAAUUCCAUGUCCAAUUUUUUCACAAUAAAUGAGAAACAAGUCGAUUUUCGAUUUUCAAAUUCAGAAACCAAAAACGAAAAUAAGUCAAUUUAUUACGUUCUAUGUUGUCUUUUGAAUCAAAUAACUACUGAACGGACGAUAGACAGACCGGGUCGAGUAGUGGAUUUAUUCGGUUUACAUCGUUACUGUUGUGUUUUACUUUCAAGUAAUCGGUCUGGCUAACGACAAAUAGCACAGGGACAAUUCGAAAUAGACAGAAGUGCAAAAUCGGUUAGAAAAGGCGACUUGAUCGGACAGAAACCGUAACGUUACUAACGUUAGCUAGCUAAUCUCUGUCAAAUUAUAUUGGUCAAAAGGGAUGCCGCUGAAAUCCAAAUCAAACGGAUAUUUGGAUUUAAUGUCGCCUCAUUUAAUCGACAGAAGCAGUUUUUCGAUAAAAGGUUGUCCGAUAAAUCAAUUUCGAACGAGCGUAUUUUUAAAUUGCUGAAUUUGAGGAACUAACCGUAGGUAACCUUAGUCUGACGAAUUGAAAUCACGGACCGAAAGUGCUACGCUAACAUACUAGCUCAUUUGGCUGGGCAGACAACAACAGAUCUGUUUUGCAUCAUUGCCAAAUAAGAAACAUUGCGAGUGAAAUUGGUGAAGACAUUUCAGUUCCGCAAAGAGUGCUGACAUUAUCUUUGACUUUGGUAAGAAGAAGGAUUGUGUUCAUUAGCUACUUAGAUAGUAGCAGAGGUUUUCUUUUAGUGGGGGAGGGGAUUAACGUUAUCUAGUAAGUAAGAAAGAAAGGGGUUGGUCGUUUUGGGACUUUACUUUUUGUUUACCUUCUAUAUGUUUCCAAUGAUGUGUAUGCUGAUUAAUGGGCAGCAAUGAAACUGUUAGAGAACAGCAGUUUUGAAGCUCUGGGCUCUCAACUCUGUGUUGAAACGGGAGAGUCUCACAUCCUGGGCAGGAUCGAGAGCUACUCCUGCAAGAUGGCUGGUGAUGACAAGCACAUGUUUAAGCAAUUUUGCCAGGAGGGGGAGCCACAUGUCCUAGAGGCCCUCUCGCCCCCCCAGUCCAGCGCCACCAGCCCACCCCAACUGGGGAAGAGCAGUGAGGAUGCCGAAAACCCUCUGAGUGACAAGUGUUGCAGGAAGACCUUGUUUUACCUCAUCACCACGCUCAACGAGUCGUUCAGGCCCGACUACGACUUCAGCGCAGCCCGGGCCCACGAGUUUAGCCGGGAGCCUAGCCUCAAUUGGGUGGCGAAUGCAGUGAACAGCAGCCUGUACUCAUCAGUUGGAAUGGAGUUCAACUCUCUGGGGCCUGAGCUGUGGAACUCCAUCGACCAGGAAAUUUGCCUGCAGGAAUGUGACAUUUACAGCUACAACCCUGACCUGGACUCAGACCCCUUUGGGGAGGAAGGCAGCCUCUGGUCCUUCAACUAUUUCUUCUACAACAAGAAGCUGAAGAGGAUUGUAUUCUUCACCUGUCGCUCCGUCAGUGUCUUGAGUGGGUAUGGCUGCGGUUGUCUGGACAACGAGUUGGACAUGGAGCUGGAUGAUGAAGAGGAGAUGGAUGGAUUCACUGAGGACAGGUUCCCCAGAGCUCUUUGUGUCUAGGCACACCCAGGCCAAACAUCUAGGCCUACACAACCUCUUCCCCCAUCCUGUUUCUUUUUUCCUCAUCUAUCCUUAUUUUUUUCUUUGUCUCGAUGUUCUGUACAGCCUGACCCAGGAAGCCAUUUGCUCAUAUAGAGGAAAUACAUUUGUUUCCCCCCAUUGACAAGUACAUGUUUCACGCCUUUCACAUCAGCUGGAUCCGACCCAUACCGUGAAGGACAUUUUCUAAAUGCCCAGGGUAACUGGGAUCUAGGUCUCCUGUUUAUUGUGCUUUCUCUAUCUUCCAUUGUCACUGAGCUAAGAACUGACUCUGUGCCUGAUCAUUUGAUGGAAGGACCUUCCCAUGCCUCUCAAACCACAUCCUCUUGACCUGAAACCAGCCUCUGCUUGGAUGCUGCACUCAAAGAAACCCUCCCAAUACUUAUUGGAUCUGUCUUGGAUAUUUAUGGACAAGCGAGACCAUGGAGAGCUAACCCUGACAAGCAAACAUUCUCUUUUAUUAAAAAUCACAGAAACCGCUGUGUAAGUGGAGAUAGAAGUCCACAGUGCAACACCAACAUCAGUGAGAGCCAUGGAAGGGGAGGGGCUUAUUACAUCAAACUUCUCCAAUCCCACUGGGUAGAGGGUAGGACAACGACAGCUAAUUCGAUUGACUGUCUAUCCAGCUGAUUUCCAUUUGUGACUGCUUCCUUUGUGUGGCUUUUAUGCUUGACAGUGGUGUUAAUGUGAGAACUGAAAACUUUUAUAGCUCCAAGUUUUUAAACAAAUGCUGCUUUUGUAAUGGUAACAUUGUAAUAUCUUAUGCUGUCUAUUACUGCACAUGACAUGUGUAGAUGGGAGAUGGAGAUGACUCUGCCAAGGAAAGCAAUAUGACAUCAGACUUGCAGCUUAUACAAGAUCACUUUCAUGAGCGCCUCUGUCACAUUGUUCUGCUUAUCAAUAACCAUGUUCCUCAAUGUGUGAUUUUUCUGGUUCCCUUAUGAUUUAGGCUAACCUAUUGUAAAACUUGUACCCAUUUUCCACUGCUACAAUCAUCCAUUUAUUUUAUGCUCAAACAUUACAAAGGCUUUGAUGUAAAGCCAAGUGAAUGUACUUAACACAGGCAGCAAAGGCAUCAGCCAUACUUCCAGUAAUGUUAUUAAAGUGUUUUACAGUAUUUUUUUGAAAGAAAAACCCUGUUAUCUCUGUUCCCUGUGUAAGGCUUGUGAACUCCCAUGAUGACCUCUGUUCAGGACCUGUUUUGAUUAUACAGCAUAUGUUAAUAAAGUUGUGUUUGAACCAAA